AACCUAAAUUUACUAUGUUUUUCUUCCAGGUUUAACCUACUUUAAUAAAUCCAGGAUGCGUCAGCCGGACAAGAAUUCCAGUGUUUAUGAACUCAACUUAAGUAGAGCUCCAAAUCUACGAUGUGUGAACAGUUCUGUUAAGUCUUGUAUGACUUGUGAAGCUUGUAGACUUGGCUCAAAACUUAACCGAACUAAAGAAUGGUUCGUUCGUUGUGGAGAUCCUGCAAAAAGACGGUUYGUUCUUGGACUCAUACACCGGUUUGAAUCCUUAGACUUAUUCAUGUAUAUUAAUUUUAUCCUAAAACCGUUACAAUAUAAGGAUUUUACGUACGCAAGGUCACGAAGUAAACCAAGUCUUCAGAUGGAUUUAGCUUCUCCUCCAACUAAUCAUGCGCUCAAUGAAAACGAACUUGAACAAGCCAUAGACGACACAUGGCUAUGGUUUUUAGACAGUGCUUAUUGGACUAAGUUGAACUUUAUGCUUGGAGUAAUGCAGUGGUGUGACUCUCCGCUGUUGUUUAUUAUGGCUAACAAGACAAGGACAUUAUACCAACGCGAAAGACGUAAACAGAGGGCCAUUGAAGAAGGAAUCAUUGAAGAAGAUAAACAUGAGUACAUGUCAUUAUGUAGUACAAUGACCAGGAGUGAACUAUCUAUAAUGAACGAAAGCAGAAGAAAUAGUGAAAUGGAAGUUUUCCGAGACACGCCAACAAUAGAAUCAAAAUCAUGUACCAGCAUACACUCUGGUAGUACAGGCAAAACAGAUGUCAGUGAUCGCCAUGCUUCUUGUCAGGAGGACGAUGUGGAGAAAGAUUCCACAACAAGACCUUCUUCUCAAAAAUUUCGAGAUUCUCCUGCAAGUGCAACAAGGUCUGUGCCAUGCAUAGGAAACAAUCAUAGCAACCACGAAUCAAGAGAUAUUCAUUCUGCACCAGCAGAUUCUAGAAAAAUACAACCAAAAACCCUACUAAGGUCGACUUUUGAUAAGGAUGUAUUUAGUGAUGAUUAUGCUUCAGGAGAUGAUUUUGAGGAUGAUGAGAACUUGAUUACUGAUCCAUCUGUAUUUGUCAUGGCAUUGCCAGCUAUAGCUCAUAGUGGCAUCGCAAAGUACAAGGACUUUAUACGUUGUUUGCCAGUCCAUCUGUCAAAGUUUAUCCUAGGAUUACUAGACAAGAACAGUCUGACAAACUGCUUGUGUAUCAGUAAACACUGGAGAAUUCUUGCCGAAGAAGUGAAAGCAGAUUAUAUGGUUCAUCAGUUGAUGGCUGAAGAAAUUAUGCUGAUGCAGGGUGCUUCUGCCCAAGGUAUGGAUCCAAGGUAUGCCAAGUGCAUUCCAGUACAUGUGCCUUUGGAUCAAGAUCCAUCUGUGGAGACAGUUUCUUUAAACCUCAAAACCAAGUCAAUUAGUGGAAGAAAUUUAGCAGAGUGUUAUGACGGCAUCAAGACAAAGACAGUAGAAAUGGAAGAACGGAAUAUAUACUGUGGGGCAUACAACGUGUUGGUGUUACAGGAUAUAGAGGAUCAUCAUCGUUGUACUAAUUUCAGAGGAGGAAAAUUUGUUGUUUCUGGCUCGUACGACAGACGUGUACGUUUGAUUGACUCAGCAACAGGAAGGUGCGAGAGAGCCAUCCAGGGGCAUGCUGGGUCUAUACGAUGUGUGUUUGCAUCAGAGGAGAGAGGGAUUGUACUAAGUGGUGGAUAUGAUACUUCUAUAAGGUGCUGGGACAUCAAACGAGGGAACUGCAAGCGUAUAUUUCGAGGGCAUCGUGCAACUGUCAUGUGUAUUAGUCUCCAUGGUAACAACUUGGCUUCUGGGUCACGUGAUAAGAGUGUCAAGGUGUGGAACUUUGACUCUGGCAAGUGUCGACGGACGUUUCGUCAUCGUCACGUGGUCCUUGAUGUUCAAGUUUCUGAUACUUUAGCCAUCAGUGGGUGCGAAGGAGGGAAAGUUAAGGUGUGGGACAUCGAAUCGGCAACCUUGGUUAAGUCCUUAGACGGCCAUCACAACGUGAUCACCUGCGUCAAGUUCGAUGACCAUCACAUAAUCACCGGCAGCAUGGAUGGUUACGCCAUGGCCUGGAGCACUAUUGGACGACACAAAAAAUGUCUACAGGCUUUCCGCCAUCCCAAGGAGGUGCUUUGUAUAGAAUUUCUUUAUUGUCGAAUAAUCACUGGAUCUGCAGAUGGGAAGCUGCGGAUUUGGAACCUCUUAAAUGGCGACUGUCUUCGCUUGAUACGCGGGAACAGUAAAAACGAUGCAAUAACGACUAUUUGCGCAAAAGACAGUAGGAUGGUCAUAAACACCUUUAGUAACCUGUUAAUUUUUAACUUCGAGGCCGUCGAAUGGAACUACAAUUUACAACCAGAGCGACCCGAGGGACUUGGUCGACUAAACCUCUACAGCAAAAACUCACCGCGGAAGCUUCCGCGUCAUUACAUACGCGCGCAAAGGCUCAUGCGCGCAGAUACCAAAGACAGCCUCCCCUCCAGACCCCCCUCACGCUCGGCCAUCGGAGGGACAAUCGAUGAUCCUGCCAGAAGAGUAGCCAGUGCGCCUAUUCGAUUGGUUCACCGAAAUAGUACCCUUAACAGCAUUAGUAAUCACGUGACCAGGAUCACCAGUGCGCAUGUUAGAAAAGCAAAAGUUGUUAGGCCCCAAUCUUCUCCCGCUAAGGUGACGUCAAGUAAGAGCGCCGAGUUUAACGUUGUUCCAUUCUCUCCUGACCAUAGUCUUAAAGACAAUGCCUAUUUUACUGACGUCUUACAAACCUACCCCAGGCCUCCUCCUCUACCAGAUAACAAGUCGGCACAUAUUAUAUCACGUGGUCGAUCCGCUCCAGUCUUUCGAACCCAGACUCUUCCUCUGAAUAAGAGGGGGUGGACUACUUCAGCUGAGGAUGUCAUCAAGCCUUGUGAAAACAAAAUAAUGAUGUCUCCGUCGCAAGCUAGGAUGAAAGUAGCGAGGCAACGUCCGAAAAGUGCUCAAGAAGGCAUCAACAUGUCUAUUUCAAGCAAUCCUUUGAAGAGUCUAUCCUGUCUGAACUUAAAGACCUACUCGAACCAACUGCAGUUUGAAGAAGAUCUGAAGAAGACAAGGAAAGCACAGAAAUUGAAGAAUAAAACUCAUGAAAUUAGAGCUAGGUCCGCUGACCAACCACAUCGGCCUCACUCAUUUGUAGCAUCUUUUGCAUGACGAACACGUGUCCUAGUGAGAGUCACGUAAAAUCACUUUGUCAUUAUUUUAUAUAAAUUUAAAGUUGAAUUCUUAAAUAAUUGCAAAAGUUAAAAUUCACGUACCACUGGUGUACUUGCACACAAAAAAAUUUAGGUGUUAAAGUUGCAAAAUUAGAAGCGCAUUUUUAUAUUUUUGAUACUUUUGCAUAAAUACCUUUUGGUGAAAUAUAUUUUUCAUGUAUAUAUUCGAAAUUGAC